AUGAAGUGUGUACAACCUUCAAAUACUACUAAUUCCACUAGUAAUAUAUUAAAAUAUAUUGCUCUUGGUGCAUCUGAUGCUGUCGGUGUAGGAACAUCAAAACCGUCGAAAGAUGGUUGGGUACCAAAAUUUGCUUCAUUAAUCAAUGCACAAGAAACAUUAAAUCUCGGACGAAGUGGCUCAACUCUAUCUGAUGCUACGCAUGAACAAUUACCUAAAGUACUUGAUCAAAAACCAAAUGUCAUAACAAUUUGGUUAGCUGUCAAUGAUUUUAAUCAGCAAGUAUGUAAUCCAUCAAUAUUGUCAAAUUAUAAAUCAGAUUUAAAUAAAAUGUUAUCUCAAUUACGAACGAAAUUCGAUAAAAAUACACGAAUACUUGUUGGAAAUAUACCAGAUCUAGCACAAGUUAAUAUUUAUCAAUCAUUUGGUAUACCAAAACAAUAUCUUAAUAUGCAAAUUAAACAAUGGAAUGAUGUUAUUCAUGAUACAGUACAAAAAUAUCAAUGUGAACUUGUUGAUUUGUUUGCAUAUUGGAAAGAAUUAGCUGUACAUCCAGAAUAUAUUUCUUUUGAUGGAUUUCAUCCAUCUGCAGAUGGUUAUACGAGACUUGCAGAAAUAUUUUAUCAACAAUACUCAAGAAAAUAA